AACAAUACGAUGACGUUUGUGUUCAUUUAUAUAUAAUAGAAUAAGAGAUUUUUCUAUUUAUUAGUAAUAAGGCGGUAUCAAUGUUUAAUAAAUUAGCCAAAUACUUUACUUCUAAUUGAAUCAUUAUUAUUGCUGUACAAAGAUGGAUAAUAAUUUGCCUCUUCCAUCUGAAAGAAUGCCAAAUUGUUGGAAUGAUGAGGAAAGAAUGAGUGCUUUAUUUUCACCUUUUCGAAGUAAAUCAGCUAAUCCCCAAGAUUGGGCAUCUAAAUACAAAUUUUGGCAAAACUUAAUAUAUGAAUGGUUGAAAUAUACUAUGAGAAGUAGUUUUUCUAUUGCAGAUUUAAACAGUGCUUUUAAAAGAAAAGGCUGUACACCACUUUGCCUUAUAACGGUUGUUGAAGAACUCUACAGGAAUAAUGAAAUAAUCUCAGAAAGUGAAUUUUUAAAAGAACCAUGUGAUUCAUGGGCAGCAUGGUCAGUUGACUUAUUUGUAAAAAGACCACUUUCAUGGUCAUUUUUAAAAGUUAAAAGUUAUAUUGUGAAUAAUGAAGUUAAUAAAGAAAGUAGAUACAUACAUUUGCAAGUUAUCAAAGAAUUAGGAAAUACUUUAUUUACAAUUCUAGAAGAAAGGAAAGAAAAUAUUCUUGUACCAUUUUCUGAGAUAUUAAAUGACUGUAAAUGUAAAAUAAAUAAAAAUAUAUCAGAUAAUACAGUGAUGUUAAUUUUAAUAUGGUUAAGACGUGAAAAGAAAAUAACUUUUAGAAACAGUGAAAUUGAAAAUGAACUGUUAAUUAAAAUUGUUGUGCAAUCAUUAGAUAGCAUAACAGAAUUUGAUGAAGGAUUAUAUAAAUUAAUCAAACAAGAAAAUGAACUUAUAAAGGAAAUAGAACUGAUGGAAAAAGAAAAGAUUAAUAUAAUUAAUGAAACUAAGUCAUAUUUAACUAAGGGAUUACGACAAGUGGCAAAAACACAUUUACGAAAAAAGAAAAAAUUAGAAGAUACUAUUGAAAAACGGGCACGAACUCUUGAAAAUAUUCAAAAUCUUAUAUCAAGUAUUCAAAAUACUCAUACAAAUACUGCUGUAUUAUCAGCUUACAAAACAGGAUCUGAUGUACUGAAGAAACUCAAUGAAAGUUGUUUAUCAGAAUCCAAUGUUCGAGAUAUUAUGGAUGAUUUGUCAGAAGCUUUAGAAGAACAGAAAGAAAUAGAAUGUAUAUUAUCUGAAAUCAUAAAAAGCGACGAUUCAAAUACUGACUUAGAACAAGAAUUAGCAGAGCUAAUUGAAUGUGAUAAAAAUGUUUUACCUUCUGUACCAGAUACAGACUUAAGUUCUAUUAAUGAGCUUGAAGAUAAGUUAAAUAAUUUACAUAUGAGAGAUGCUGCAGUAACUAAUAUACUAUCUACGUCAUCAAAAAAUAAACAAAAUAAAAAAGCAUUAGCAAAUUUGGAGUGUGCGUAAAAUAUACACGCGGAAUAAAACCCAUAAAACCACAACAUUAA